CGCUGUCUCAGACUCCAGCUUUGUAAAUCAGCAAUUCGAAAUCUCCCCCGACCGAAACUCUCACUCUCUCCGAUUGAUUUGCCGGUGGCAAUAAUAACAACCGAACACUGACCAAUUCUGUGAAAUUUCCGGCGGAUGAGAUUGGCCGGCGGAGGCGGAGGAGGAGGAGGACACGAUGGCGUCGGCGGCGCCGGUGAACAGGAUCGAGCGGGCCCACCAGAUGCACCGGGAAGGUAGCUACUCGGAGGCGCUAGGGUUUUACACCGAAGCCCUGUCCAUGGCCAGGACCAAACCCCAGAAGAUCGCCCUCCACAGCAACCGAGCUGCUUGCUUCUUGAAGCUUCACGAUUUCAAAAAGGCAGCAGAUGAAUGUACCUCAGUUCUUGAGCUUGAUUACAAUCACACUGGAGCAUUGAUGUUGCGGGCGCAGACCCUGGUGACCCUCAAGGAAUAUCACUCGGCGCUCUUCGAUGUUCAUCGUCUUAUCGAGCUAAAUCCAUCAUCGGAAGUUUAUCAAAACCUUCAAGCCCGUCUAAAGACACAAGUGUCACUUGCUCCAAUACCUGAAUCCGAAGCAGAGCUAGAAGAAGAGGAAGACGAGGAGGAGGAUGAAGCAGAGCCAGAUAGAUAUCAGGAGAAAGAGGAGCAAUACGAAGAAAAAGAAGAUGUAUUUUCAGGUGGAGGAAGGGAUCAGAUUCCUGAGGUUAAUGAGACAACUGCUGUUGCCAAUGUUAUUGCCCCUACGACACCAGUAAACAGGGAAGUUUCUCAACAGGGAAGGGAUCCAAAAGGUAACUCGAUGAAGACCACUUCCCCAGCUGAAGUUGUGACCCCUCGUGCAGAGCACGUCAAGGCAUCGUCUGAAAAAGAAAAAGACAAAGGAUGGCAAGCAAUCCCGAAGCCAAAGGGACACUCUUCUCUGGACUAUGCACGGUGGGACAGAGUGGAAGAUGACUCUAGUGAAGAUGAUGACGAUGAAGACUCUCAACCUCAGUAUAGAUUCCGUGUAAAAACUGUUGGUGUCCGGCCAGUGAAGUGAAGAGGAGGCUGAGGAGCAUAUACACAGUACUCACAAUCGAUAGCCAUCAUAUGAGCCACAAAGUAAAAAAUCACAGUGAAGUAAGCAGGAUGGGAAAGUUGUGGUAGUUCCAAGUGCAGAAACUUUGUGAAAACUAUGAGAAUCUAGCUUUGAAGUCCGGGCGUGCUUUGGCAGUGUAUCAUUUUAAGAAAAAGAAUUCUGCAUUUUAGCACUCUGGCUCAAUGGAUAUCUUGACUCUCUGCAGUCCCUACAAUCUUCAAACGAUUCAUGCCGUGGCACAAAAAUAAGCAGAGGCUCGGUCUGCAAACAGUUGAAUUCCAACUUGUCCCGGCUUACUAGUGCUUACAGGGUCAGGUAAAAUUGUUUGUUAUGCGAUGUAAUUACAUACUUUCGUAAAUUUUUGAUGCAAAGCUUGUAAGAAAUAGCAUAUAGGUUUCCAGGUUAAAGCAACUUGGCUUCCUGAAAGAUGAUAUAAUCUUUCAAUAUUCAAUUUAUUCUUUACUGCAUUCUGGUGUCUUAUGUAGUAUGGAGUUGUUGAUUAGUAAUCGAACACUUAAUUUCCGGUUUUGAUUCUUUUCGGAAAAGAGAGAAAUUUUGUGGAAACUUGAGGCAGAACCCAAAUAACAAGAAAACUCAACCCAAAAGGAACCAUACUAGAUGAAAUUUCACCACAUUUUUUAUUUCUAGCAGACAGUUUCAAGAUCGAGUGAUUACUAAUAACAAACUACGCCGUAAGAGCAACAAAAUUACAAUAAUAUCAACACAAUACCUUGAGAAGCAGCAUCUACCAAAA